ACCUACACCCCUCUAAGACCCACAGUGUCAGAUCUACACCCUCUAAGACCACUGUUUCCAGACCUACACCCUUCUGGAGCCUGUGAAAACCUGCACCCCACUGGACCACUGUGUCCAGACCUACACCCUCUAAAGGCCACUGUGUCAAACCUGCACCCCUCUAAGACCACUGUGUCAGACCUACACCCCUCUAAAACCACUGUGUCAGACCCCACCCUUACAGACCACUAUGUCAGACCUACACCCCUCUGUUCCACUGUGUCCAGACCUGCACCCUCUAAGACCACUGUAGCAGACCUACACCCCUCUGGGGCCACACUGUGCCUACAACCCUCUAGACCACCGUGUCAGACCCACAACCCUCUAAGGCCACCUUGUCAGACCUACACCCCUCCUAAGACCACCCGUGUCAGACCCCACCCUCUAGACCACUGUGUCCAGACCUACACCCCUCUAAGACCACCGUGUCGGAGCCUACACCCUCUAAGACCACCGUGUCAGACCCACACCCUCUAA